UUGUUGCAGCCACAACGAGUCAGAGCUUUGAUUUUACAGAGACAAGAGUCACGGUUGCACAAGGGAGGUCUGGUUCAUAGAAAUGGCAACGUUUUUAAGGAAUCUGUGGGAAAGGGUGUUUUCCACCCUCUUCAGCGUCCAACUGACAAGACUUUUAGCUCUCCAAAAAAGCAUAAUCAAAAGAAUCGGAAUCACAGUGAGAAGAAUGAGUUUAUGGCUGCUAAGAAGCAACAAGAGCAGGAUGAGUGUCAUUACCAUUUGCCAGCAGACAUGGAUUUCUCAAGGACUGGACUUUUUGAGAGAAACAAGAAACUGAUUACUAUUAGGUCUUUUCGGUAUUCAUACGAACAAAAAUAGGACAAAUUUUGAAGAUGACCAAGUAGGUCAAUUAGGCGUGAUUUGAAGGUCUAUACAUCUUUUUAAUAUGAAGUGGUCGAACUGUUUCUGC